AAAGGUUUCCGAAUUUAUGUAAAAGGAGUUUUGUAACGAGAAAGUUGUUGUUAUCUACAGCUUUUCAAGGUUGACAACAACUUGUUAUAUCCAGAACCCUGAAAUCGUUACUACAAUCAAGAUGUUAGCUUCCAAAUUGUCACGGAAUAGAUUUUGCACCCUUUUAAAGAGGUGUAAAAGCACUUUGGUAAUCGUGGAACAUAACAACGAGAAAGUCACCCCUAUUACUUUAAAUACCGUGUCUGCAGCAUCGAAAUUGGGUGGUGAGAUAUCUUGCCUUGUAGCAGGCAGCCAAUGUGCUAAGGUUGCAGAAGAAGUCAGCAAGAUUAAAGGUGUUAAUAAGGUUCUUCUGGCGGAUAGUGAUGCUUUUAAGGGGUUCCUACCUGAAGCCCUUGCACCACUUUUAAUUGCGACCCAGAACCAGUUCAAAUACUCACAUAUUCUAGCUGGUGCUACAGCUUUUGGUAAAAAUUUGAUACCCAGAGUGGCUGCUAAGAUGGACGUAUCACCUAUCUCUGAUAUCAUUGGUGUGGAAUCAGAGGACACAUUUGUAAGAACCAUUUAUGCUGGAAAUGCUGUUCAAACUGUGAAGUCAAAUGAUGAUAUCAAGCUGGUGACAGUCAGAGGAACAGCUUUCCCUCCAGCAGAAGAAACAGGAGGUUCGGCAGCAACAGACAAAGCUCCAGUUGAUGGAAUUAGUAAUGACCUUUCCAAAUUUAUUUCACAAGAAUUGUCCAAGAGUGAUCGUCCAGAAUUAACUAGUGCUAAGACAGUUAUUUCUGGUGGAAGAGGAAUGAAAAAUGGGGAAAAUUUUAAAAUGUUGUAUGAUCUUGCUGAUAAAAUGAAUGCAGCAGUUGGUGCUUCAAGAGCAGCUGUUGAUGCAGGUUAUGUUCCAAAUGAUUUGCAAGUUGGUCAAACAGGAAAAAUUGUUGCUCCUGAGUUAUACAUUGCUGUGGGAAUUUCUGGAGCUAUUCAACAUUUAGCUGGAAUGAAGGACAGUAAAGUUAUUGUGGCGAUCAAUAAAGAUCCAGAAGCUCCAAUCUUCCAAGUAGCUGAUUAUGGACUUGUUGCUGAUUUGUUUAAAGUGAUUCCAGAAAUGGAUGGUAUGCUAAAGUGAAGUGAGAGACAGUGAUGUAAUGGAUCAGAAAUAAAAACUCCAGAACAAUAAACAAGCAAAAGUUGAUCCAACUAGUUGUUAUUCCUAUAAAUAAGUUAUUUCACAUGGAAGUGAUGUUGCACUUUUAAUUUAUUCAAAUUAUACAAGCCUUUUGAACUUGGAGUUUACCCUCUUUCAAAAUGUCUGUUAAUUAAAAGAAUAAGUUUAAUUACAAAUAAAAAUGGUUGGUUGUUGAACAUCUGUUCACUGUUAUAUUUGCUGAUUAAUUUUUAUGUUUAUUUUGAGUGAAAUUAAUAUAUUUGAAUAUAUU